AACAAAUAGCUCUCUCUCUCUCUCUCUCUCUCUCUCUCUCUCUGAUCCCAAUCUCUCUUUCUCCUCUCUCUAAAAAAUCGAAAGGCUUACUUCAAAGGCCAUGGCUGCUGUCUCUGCGUGUCUUCCUCAAUUCCAUGGCCUCAAGGCUACCACCGCCAUGGGCCGCACCCAGAGCAUGGCUGUCAUGCAACCAGUAGCAUACAAAGGAAGAGGAGCAUUGGGAGCUCGCUGUGGUGACUUCUUGGGCUCACCAACUAACUUGAUAAUGGUGGCAUCAACAAGCCUCAUGCUAUUUGCUGGGAGGUUUGGGCUUGCACCAUCUGCAAACAGGAAGGCCACAGCUGGUUUGAAGCUGGAGGGAAGGGACUCUGGUCUCCAAACAGGGGACCCUGCUGGUUUCACAGGGGCUGAUACCUUGGCUUGUGGGUCUCUGGGACACAUCAUUGGUGUUGGAGUUGUUCUGGGCCUCAAAAGCAUCGGCAUCAUCUAAGAAAUUCAAGACCCAACUCUCUUUCUCCUUUCUUUCCUCUUUUUUUCUUUUUUUUUGUAUCUAAUCUAAGAAAUUCAAGAUCCAUCCCUCUCUCUCCUUUUCUUUUCUUCUCGUCUCUUUAUGUAAUCUUUCUUCUUUACAACUCAAUUUGCAACUUUCUCAAGAACCUCAACCAUAGCCCUUUUUUUU